AUGGCGAACAACGAAGUUCUCCCCGAAGGAGCCAUUGAGGCAGACGUCAUUCGUGCAACAUCUUAUCACCGCCGGGACUUCGACAUGUCGGUAAUCAGAAUCAAGCCAGUAGACAGCGAAAGCGUUGGACCCGGUAUCACACACGCUUUCAAUCGUCCCUUCCAGCCCGCGAAACCCGGCCUCCUUGACUAUUUGCCCGUCGAAAUCCUCCUCAAGUUCAUCCCGGACCUAGACAUCCAAACCCUUUUCAACCUCCGCCACGUCAACGUCCGUACCCGCGAUGUUGUCAGCUCUCUGGAGACUUAUCAGCAGGUGACGACCUACGCCGCGGACCUCAUAUUGGUAUACUCUCAAGACGUCCUCGAGGUCCUACAUACCCGGGAAUGCUCCAUCUGUCACGCCGAAUUCGGAGGCUUCGUCUUCCUCUUCCCCCCCAAACUAUCAAGAUGCUGUUUCCCCUGCAUCCGAAGCAAAUCCGAUCUCCGCCGCCCCGUUAUCGAUCCACAUACUCACCGUUUUCACUAUGACCGAGAAUACGAGUUGAUCACGCUCGCCGAAGCGCAUAACUUCUACGGAAUCAGCCCGGCCGUGCUGCGUGCGGAAUCCGUCCCAAUCCUGAAGACCGUUCGGGGAUUCUACACGAUGAAAGAAACGCAGCGGAAGAUCCGGCACUCUCUGGUGCAUGAUAAACGAGUGCGCGAGCUCAGUACGGCUCACCAAAAUGGCAUUCCCUGGUCUGAUACCUUCCGCCGCGGACGGGUGAUGCUUCUGCGAUGGUGUAUGGCAACCACUGCGGUGCCUUAUGUGGACCAAGAGACCGGGGAAAUUGAGCGUGGGGUUUCGUGUCGAGACUGUCAGGGCCGGUUUGAGCAGGUGUCAUCUGAUUGGAGAAGGGUGGGGGAACUAUCUGCUCCUAGGGAUAAGGUUUACUCGAGGGCUGCGUUCAUGGUUCAUUUUAGGGAGUGUCAGUGGGCGAAGAAGCUCUGGGAGGAUAGUAAGGGUGGGACGGUGGUGGUGGGGGAGUCCGAGUUUGUGCGUCGCGGUGGGUUUAUGGAGGAUAGGAAAGAUGAUCACGGGUCGGAGGUGGUUGCUGCUAAGAAGAGGUCUCAUUCUCCGGUUGGGUAG